AUGCAGCUGUUGGCGGCCGGUCUUGUUUCAGCAGCUCUCCUAUCGGACCAUCUAGUGAGUGGUGAAGGUUCCUCUACAGAGGAGAAACCGGCUGCUUUGCAGAACUACGUUCAUCUUUCAUUUGACAAGCUACGUGGCAAUAGCUAUGAAAGUGCUUCGAAAGGCGGUAAGCCUAGCGCCAGGCUGCGUAAAAGGGCGAACGGCUAUGAAGAGAUAGAGAUUAUAAAUCAACAGAAUUUCUAUUCGGUGGAACUGGAGAUCGGAACUCCUUCUCAGAACGUGACGGUGUUGCUGGACACGGGGUCUUCGGAUCUGUGGGUUUCAGGGCCCGACAAUCCUUAUUGUAAGCCAGUUUCUGGGACCGGAGAUGAUUUCAGUCCUUUCAGCUGGAUCACGAGAUCGACGCUUGUUAGCGGUACUCCGACUGCUACGGCGUCCGGCUCCAGUGGGAUAGCCACCAUGGAUUGCAGUGAGUUCGGCACGUUCAAUUCGUCGCGGUCUUCGACCUUCCGCUCGAAUAACACCGCAUUCCAGAUAUCGUAUGGUGACCAGACGUUUGCGUCCGGUACCUGGGGUACCGACACGCUGAAUCUGGGAGAUACGAAUGUGACAAGCUUUUCAUUUGCUGUGGCUAACAGUAGUAACUCGACGGUGGGUGUGUUUGGGAUCGGGUUGCCGGGGCUGGAGAGUACCUAUACGGGAGCUACCGCAUCCAGCGGUAGUUCUUACCAAUACCAAAAUUUCCCCAUGAAACUAAAGGCUCAGGGUACCAUCGAGCACGUUGCUUAUUCGUUGUUUUUGAACGAGCCCGAUGCACCCAGCGGCAGCAUCCUGUUCGGUGCUGUCGAUCACAGCAAGUACUCCGGCCAACUUUACACCAUUCCGCUGUUGAACCCAUACCAGAGCAGGGGCGUACAAAAUCCGAUCGAAUUCGAUGUUACCGUGCAAGGGGUGGGUAUCUCGCAGAGUGGCUCGACAAAGACUAUCACAACGACCAAGUUUCCCGCUCUGUUGGAUUCCGGAACCACCUUGACCUACAUGCCAUACCAGCUCACCGAGUUGAUUGCUGCCAGAAUAGGCGCGCGCUACUCUUCCAGUUUGGGUUUCUACGUGAUGCCAUGUCCUUCUAACAACGACAACACGCAACUGCUCUACGAUUUUGGUGGCUUCCAGAUCUCUGCCAACCUUUCCAACUACAUUCUCGGCUCUUCGGGCUCCUCCGACGUGUGUUACUUGGGCAUCAUCCCGCUCAGCGACUCGAGUGCGAUCUUUGGUGAUAACUUUCUGAUCAAUGCCUAUGUGGUGUACGACUUGGAGAAUUACGAGGUCUCUAUGGCUCAGGCGCAGUUCAAUGCUACUAAAAGCCAGAUUGAAGUCAUUAGUGGCUCCGUUCCAGGCGCAGUCAAAGCCCCCAGCUACUCGGCAACAUGGUCGACAGUGCAAUCGAUAAGCUCUGGGGGAGGUGCCUUCACCUCAGGCGCUGCUGGCUCAACUUCUACUGGAACCUCCACGACCUCCAAGACCUCCCAGCAAAAGGCCGCUGGGGACAGGUUGGCACCUACGUCCUUCUUCGUCCUCGUGGCAUGGGCAUUCUCCUUCCUAGUGUGA